CCUUCAAAACCGGAACCUCGCUGUGCUGGUAAAAGCCUUCAGGCAUCCAACGCUGUAGUUCGGAAAGUGGGAAACAGCAUGAACAAAAUCAGAUACAUCACAGCGUUAAGUGUCCUAGCAAGAAGCAUCUGCAAGCUUGUCCACUGCGAUGUCUGCAAUGAAACAUGACCAUAAUCUUCACAGCAGUUGCUGUGAGUGAGCCUGAGAUGCCAACCUAUAGCGCCGUCAAAUAUAAAGACAAGCUCAUCAACACCAUGUCCUGCCACGGAAUCAAAUACACCAACAUCCAGCCCGCCAUGGUCCCAGGCCAGAUCCAGAAACAAAAUGAUGACGAGCCUGUGCUCCUGGAGCGGUUCCUUAUCAAGGGUUUGGUGGGACCUACCAGCAAUACCUCGCACGAUGUCUACCACUAUAGCGGUGGAGCUACGGUCUUUCAUCUUCCUUUGCAGGGAGCCGGGGUGGAUAAUACUGUGAUAACCGGCUUAAAUAAGAGGGACAGUCAUCACGGUUUCGGGGUAUCGUUCACUACCCACGGCAAAUCAGCACUAAGCAGGGAAGAACGAGAGUUGAUGACCACUGCCAUUGGUAGUUAUUGGGCUGGAUUGGCUCACGCCACCAGCAUGGUGGAUUAUAUUGGCCUGGGGGAAACGGGGCAUACGGCCAAUUUUUACUUCCGUAUCGUUCCUUAGUCCGGGAUAAAGACUAGCGCGCAUGUGCAUGGCAGAUGAUA